AUGUUCUGCGGUAGACUAUGUCAUGCUGGUAUGCUGAUUGAAACGUCUUGCUACAGGUUUAACUUAUUGUACAUAAGGCCCUCAUGUUGGCUUCGAGAGCGUUUGGAGAAAAUGCAUCGAAGGAAGGAAGACCAUCAGAAUGCUGCCACCCAGAAGGAAGUAUUCAAUCCAGACAUUAUUGUAGUGACGUUGGUAGAACCACACUCGAGGAAGAGCAGGCUUCAGGUAUUUGUUGUAGAUCGGGGGCAUUGUGCGCAGUGUAGACAGGGAGAACUACACAUAGCAUGUGAUAGUUAA